CUGUGCUUUGGCGCCUGGCGCUCCGGUGUCCCCGAGUGGUUUCCCCCUUGGCCUGUUCUCCCUCUGCGCCCGAACUCAGGGUCACCGCUGCCCCUUCUCCAGGCCCUCUCCAACCCAUGCCUAGGCCAGUCCCGGCGCGGCCCCUACCCUCUGACCUUGCGUUGCAUAAUGCCCGAGCAAAGUCCCCAAGGGUGUAAAACCCGGCGUUCCUGCCCCUGGGCGGGGACGGGCGGCGACGGUUCAGGGAGCCGAGGCGGCGAGGGCGCAGCCGGCACAGUCUACCGGCCAGGGCCCCGCGAGUCCCCUGGAAGCAGGCCCCCCGCGCCGCUCAGCCCCACCGCCAGGCCCGCCCGCCGCCGCCGCCAUGGCGGAAGUUCAUAGACGUCAGCAUGCCCGGGUUAAAGGAGAAGCCCCCGCGAAAUCCUCCACACACAGACAUGAGGAGGAGCUGGGGAUGGCGUCGGCCGAAACGCUGACGGUGUUCCUGAAGCUACUGGCCGCCGGCUUUUACGGCGUGAGCUCCUUCCUGAUCGUGGUGGUCAACAAGAGCGUGCUCACCAAUUACAGAUUUCCCUCCUCACUAUGUGUUGGACUUGGCCAGAUGGUGGCCACAGUGGCAGUUCUCUGGGUGGGAAAGGCGCUCAGAGUAGUCAAGUUUCCUGACCUUGACAGAAAUGUACCUCGAAAGACGUUUCCACUACCUCUACUAUAUUUUGGGAACCAAAUCACGGGACUGUUCAGCACAAAGAAACUGAACCUGCCAAUGUUUACAGUUCUGAGAAGGUUCUCCAUCCUGUUUACAAUGUUUGCUGAAGGAGUUUUACUCAAGAAGACUUUUUCUUGGGGUAUUAAGAUGACCGUAUUUGCAAUGAUUAUUGGAGCCUUUGUAGCUGCCAGCUCUGACUUGGCAUUUGAUCUCGAAGGAUAUGUUUUCAUUUUGAUAAAUGAUGUCCUGACAGCAGCAAAUGGUGCAUAUGUAAAACAGAAGUUAGAUUCAAAAGAGCUGGGAAAAUAUGGUCUGCUCUAUUACAAUGCACUGUUCAUGAUUCUCCCCACCCUGGCCAUUGCAUAUUUUACAGGAGAUGCGCAAAAGGCAAUGGAUUUUGAAGGCUGGGCUGACACCCUCUUUCUUCUGCAGUUCACCCUCUCUUGUGUGAUGGGGUUUAUCUUGAUGUACGCCACAGUACUCUGCACGCAGUAUAAUUCUGCUCUUACAACUACAAUAGUUGGCUGUAUUAAAAAUAUAUUAGUAACUUAUAUUGGAAUGGUCUUUGGUGGAGAUUAUAUUUUCACAUGGACAAACUUCAUUGGCUUAAAUAUCAGUAUUGCUGGGAGCCUGGUGUAUUCCUACAUCACUUUCUCAGAAGAGCAGUUGAGCAAACAGUCAGAGACCAGUAACAAGCUGGACAUUAAGGGGAAAGGAGCAGUAUGACCAGAGGAUUGCUUCGACGACGUAGGCCCAAGUUUUUGAUCAACUGAGAACACUGGCAAUUCUUACACAGACACUGAGGGGUGUCUUGAUUGUGGAGAAAAUAACCAUUCCUUUGCACUUGUACAAUCUGAGGAUUGAUUGCUGCCUUUUAAAAUUUUAUGAGAGAAACUUAUAAUUGACUCUAUUUUAAAUAUGCCAUUGGAACUAAUUUAUAUCAAACUGGAAAAUGUACCAGGCUUUUUAAUUUAUUUCUUUUAUGCCGACAAUGAAACAUCGGUGUUUUGAAAAUAUUGUAUCCCAUAGUUUGAUAUCCAGGUGUCCCUUAGAAGCUGCAUAUAUACAGUGCUCCAACUGGAGCCUCCUCAUUCAAAUUGUUGCUGCAUAUAGAGGGAGGUUAGCCUUCCCUCUGCUGGAAAUGCAGCCAAGUAUCUAAAAUUUCUCCUUUUUAAAUUUUAUUUCUUAACAAUUGCAUUUUCUUCAUAAGGAUAUUAUCACUGCCUUUGCUAAAGAUGACAGCUUUGGCACUAAAAAACUAUGUGGGCUUAGAAGUUGUAUUGGUCUCCACGUUGGCUUCCCUGAGAACCCCUGGGAUGGGCACAGUGCAUCCCUUGAAAUUAUGCUAUUCCCUCUUUGUUGUGUAGGAUGGCGAUAAUGAAGGGAUGGAGAAAGUAGGCCUCUUACUCAUUUAUUCAUCUGUAGGAUUCAUUCAUUCAGCUCAAAUGUACUGGGUAUGUAAUAAUGUACCUGGCAUUAUGCUAAGUGCUGGGGGUACAGAGAUGUUUUUGGAGAUAGUUGAAUGAUCUCACUCCUGCUGUUGUGACCGAGGGUUAAGAAAGAAAACUUAACUUGAUGAUCCAUUCAGAAGUUCUGAACAAGUCACAGAAAUUUUUUUCAGCUCUUAGAAACUGCAAGUCUGUAAAUGGGCUUGGAAGCACCUGCCCUUACCUACCCCACAGUGAUGAAACCAGAUGCUACAACAUGAGAUGACAUGCAUGUGAAGAGCUG